UUUCAAAAUGGCGUAAUUUGAACGAAAACAAUGUGGUGUUGAAAACUAUUGUGGGGAAACGAGAGGAUUUAAUUUCAUUCACCGCACCAGCAAUUAUAAAUCCUGCCACACUAUGACGGUGUGCAACUUUUGGAUGCAAGGCCGGUGUCGAUAUGGCGACAAGUGUUGGAAUGAGCACCCAAAAGGUGGUGGUGGAGGAGGCGGCGGUGGAAAUUACAACAACCGUCCCCCUCAACAGUCCAACAGAGGUGGUGGAGGAGGAGGAGGUGGAGGAGGGUUUGGGAACAGAGUGUGGGUGAACCCAGCUCAGAGGUCUGGAGGAGGAACCUACGUCCAGCCAUCAUCCUUCUCCUCCCAGCAGGGUGGGGAUGACUGGGGCAGAGGGGGAGGAAGAGGAGGAGGGGGAGGUGGUGGCAACAACUGGGGUCCAGGCGGAGGAGGAGGAGGAGGAGGAAGAGACAGCCAAGUCAAGAGUUCCAAUUUCAGUUUUGCAGCCGCCUCUCCAAACCAAAACAGAUUUUCUGCCUUGAGCACACAGAGCAGCUUCGACAGGGGUGGGAGUGAAGGGGAGGACAAUGAAAAACACUUGGAGACCAUCCAGAAAGACAUGGAGAUCUGGGAGACUUCAGGACAGUGGCUUUUCUCCUGUUACUCUGUCCUCAAAGAAACCAUCUCAGGGUUUACAGAGCUCUCUCCAGAGGAGCUGAGACUGGAGUACUACAACACCAAGCCAACGGGAGACCUGCAGGGUUAUGUUAACGUCAUCAAUCAGCUGCUCAACCAAUGGAGAAGCAGAGUCCAGGAGCUGAGGGCUAUGAGCGGCAACACCAGAGUCGCUAUGCUUGCAGAGCUGGACAACCCAGCACCACAGGCAGCGUCUGGAGGUUUUGGGUCGACACCAGUCACCGGCUUUGGGUCCUCAGCACCAUCUGGCUUUGGAACGGGUUUUGGAGUGCCAGCCCAGGCUCCAGUCCAGGACACCUCAGGUGUCAGCAGUUUCAGCUUUGCUGCGCCGAGUGCAGGAGGCUUUGGUUCGGCUGCUCCCAAGCCUGCAGCUUCUGGUUUUGGCAGUACUGUGGUAGGCGCCGUACCAGCACCCGCUGGAAUCGGUUCUACGGCCACCUCUGCUCCCUCGGCAGCAGGUUUCUCCUUUGCCGCGCCUGCUGCCAACAAAGACCCAACUACUGCCGGUUUCGGAGCUUCUGCUUCAGGAUUUGGAGCUGCUGCCUCUGCUUCCGGGUUUAGCUUCAACUCGACGACCACUAGUGGAGGAGGAUUUAGUGGAAGUGGUUUCGGGAGUGCAGCCCCGGUGGCUGCAAGUGGUUUUGGACAGGCGCGUGGAGGGUUUGGGGGUAUGGUAGCAGGAACAGGGGCGGCUGGGGGGGCAGCAAACAGUCUCUUCUCCCCCCAGAGCCAGCUGAGUGAAGAGGAACUGAAGGAGUUUGGAGGGAAAAGGUUCACCCUGGGACAGAUACCACUCAAACCUCCCCCUGUUGAUAUGCUGGUUGUCUGAUCCCACCGUGGACAUCUACAAAAUGGCUUCUCUCCUUGUCUUUAACUGACCCGAUGGGGAAAGAGCUGGACUGAAUGUCUCUCAACCCAUUUUGUUGAGUAAAAAACCCUUAUGUUCAGAAUCUUUCCCCCCCAUCCUUGAUGAUGUAAUCACUGAUCUGACUAGUUUCUACUGAUACAAUCAAUCAAAUGGAUUCUGAAUGAUGUCAUGUUUUAACCAAGAGGGUGUUCCAGGUAAUAGUGCCUUGCCAUUCUGUUGAAAUGUUCCCUUUUUAAAAUGAAGCGGGAGCAGAAUGUAAUGCAGACAACAUGACCACAGACCACUGGUGGUCUGCAAGGCCUUAAUAUAUCAACAUUAAAAUUAAGUUUUAAUUAUGCUUGGUGGUAUUUUUUUUCUUUUGCAUAGAUUUAUUUUUCAAACCAAAUUGUUGGCUGUUGUGUGCUUUCAUCUCAGUCCGUUAUUCCCCCCCCCCCCCCCCCCCCCCCCUCAGGUGUAUGUUGUAUGAACGAUACUUUUUGACAAGUAACACAAGCUUCCUGCUCUGUUCUGUAUGUGUAGUUAAGGGGAAAGGCUUCCUGCUCUGUUCUGAGCUGCAGCUUUGCUAGGUCUUUAUUUAGCUACACUUGACCAUAUUACCGGACAGCCUGAUACUACUGCUACUGUUGAUUUGUGUGUAAACAACAACAACAACAAAAAACAACACAGAACAUCUUUUAAUAACAGACCUUCCCGUCUUCACAGCAACUUAGUCAAUAUGUCUUAACCAUGAUCCUCCGAUGUUAAACCAACGAGAUUAGUUUCCUCAACUGGCUCAGUGGUCACAUCCUUUAUGUACUCCAGUUGAGGUCUUAGAGAAUGUUUUUAAUCAAAUAAAAUACUUUUAGUUGUACAUGUA